UCUCAAAAAAUAAAAUUAAUUUAUAAGAAAAUCUAAAUAGCAAAUAAUUUAAAUAGCAACUUAAAAAAGCUGUCAAAUUAAGUUAAAAUGUCGAAUUUGACCGGUUUUGACAGUGAAGCGGUAGGUUUUGACUGCGUAACCCAAGACUCGAGGCCGUGCAAGAGCAGUUCUUCCCAAACUACGGAGUUCAGUGCGAGCGGAGCUGGGUCCCAAACUAGUACGUCGAAGGACAUUGGCUGUAUGGUGCACCCUGACGACUUGACCGUUGAGGACGAUGUGUUAAAGGAGUACCCGCCACCAGGUCUGAAUGAGUUCCUGCGCAGAGUAGUUCCCGGCGUGAUGGAGCAGCUCCAGCACAACGACAGGCAGCUCCUCGACAACUCCUCAGACUCUGACGAGGAAGAAGUUCUCACGGCUAAACUUCUGCAGGAGAUUCAGGUGAAGCCGGACGGCUCGGGUGACCACCAGGCGUCCGUGCUGGGCGUGUCGUGGAGCGGCACCGGCAACUCCCUGGCGGUGUCGGUCGGGCGGGCGCAGCACGACGCGUGGUGCCACCACACCGGCGUCAUCAGGGUGUACACUCUCAAACGCAGCGAGGACAGAUUUGUGCAUACGACAGAUAUAACGGAGAAGAACUGCGUGACCGUGCUGCAGUACCACCCUAAUGUUGCUGCCCUGCUGGCAUAUGGGACAACAUCUGGUGAAGUGGUCCUCUGCAACCUGAGGAAUGGAGGUCUGGACGAGGGUACGCAGCUGGCGUCGCCCGGCGGCUGCCACGGCGCGCGGCGCGUGUCGGCGCUGCGGUGGGCCGACGCGCCUCUCGCCGAAGCCUUCCUGAUGAUGCAGACCAGCCGCCGGGGCGAACGCAGGGGUGCGGCCGACCAGGUCCUCAUUUCAGCUGGGUCCGACGGGUCGCUGGUGGCGUGGCGCGCCAACGCCAGCGCGCAGGUGUUCCAGCGCAUCGUGGGCUACGCGGUGGACGCGGCGCGCGGCUCCGCGCCGGAUAUCACGUGCUUUGACUUCAUCAGGAGCUCCCCGCUGCGCCCCCUAGCUGAGAAGACGCCGGACGACAUUUUUGUUGUUGGGUCUAAAACUGGCAAAUUAUUCCUGUGCAAGAUCCAACCCCCGCAUAGUCAGUCCGAAUUACUGGACCCCGUAUACGACGUCCUGGAAGGUCACGCCACGUGUGUGCUGGACGUGGCCUUCAACUCGCAGAGACCAGGGGUCUUCGUGUCCGUAUCUAUGGACUCUGAGCUGAGGGUCUAUGACAUAGCCCAAGAGACGCCGUUGAAGGUGAUGUGCCUGGACGCGCCUAUAUCGUGCAUGUGCUGGCUGUCGCCGCCGUGCGUGGUGGUGGGGCUGUCCAGCUGCGAGGAGCUCCUGCGGGUGUACAAUGUGUGCGGCGGCCGCGCGCUGCCAGUCGGCGGGCUGAGCGGCCGCGCAAACGUGAGCUGUCUCGCGGUUAGCCACAGCGGGUCGUGUCGCAUUGCUGCAGGGGACGAGUGCGGCACGGUGCGCGUGUGGGAGCUGCCGUCGCGACGCAUCAAGCUCUCCGCGCUAGACCUAGACUUUUAGAACUUAGGAUAGUACUUAGUAGGUCACUGCAUCCAAACGAUAGAAUGCCAAAAAGAAAUACAGAUUUUAUUUUAAGUAAG